AGGGGCUCGCAGCGCCAGGCGGCCUGUGAACGCCCUGGCCAUGUCCGCGGGGGCCCGUGCUGCCGUUUGCGCCCCGCUCGCGCGAGCGGCGCGCCCAUGACCGCGAAGCGCCUGCAGUCGGGCGGGGCGCACGGCGAGGCCCCCGUGCAGAAGCGGCCGAGGUGGUGUUGCGCCGAGGAGGCUGGCCCCACGCCAGGCGCCGGGGCGGACGCGAGGAAAGCCGUGCGCGACCUGCAGUGGGCGUGCAGGCAGCGGCCCCUGGACUGGUGGACCGCGGCCGCGGCGGCAGGCGUCCUCGGGGCCGGCGCGGCGGCGCUCACCGCGAAGGACGCGGCCGUGGCGCUGCAGGCGCUCGCGAAGGUGGACGACUGCGACGAGGCCCGCACCGCCGAAGCCCUGGUGCGCGAGCGCCUGCUGCAGCCAGCCUCGUGCGACGAGCUGGACGCCUGCGGCGCGCGCGCCGCCAGGGGCAGCUCUCGGGGCAAAGUGAGGAGGGGAGCGUUUCGGAGUCGAGGCUCGAGGUGUCCGGGCGUUCCGUCGGUUCUCGGCGGUUGUCCAGCCUCGGGAUGCUCUCCAGGAGCUGCGCCUCGCCGACGGCAUUCUGGGGAUGCCCGGAUCGUCCUGAACGGCCGCCGGAGGCCCGAGCGAUAGCCCCAUAACCACGAGGGUCGCACCUAGGUCUUCCAGAGUCGGGCGACGAGAACUAUGCAUGUCCACUGGCCCGGAGCCGUGGGUGUGGAAACAUCUCGUCGCCCUGAGCAGAGGAUGGGAGAUAACCACGCUCAGCGCGUCUGCGGCCUCGGCCGCUGAGCUGCCCUUCUCCAGCGCGGCGGCGCGGCGGCGC